AUGGGACAGUCCUCUUCGACGCAACGUGACCUACCCGAUACCGGAUACCCGACACAUCAUACACCCAUCGAACGUGGCUCGCAACCGAGGUAUGAAGACAUGAAUCACAGACAGACAGCUGAAGACAAUGGAGACGGUGGCCCUCCAACGGGGGAAAUGAGCGCACACGAUUACGACCAGGGGAUACUGCCAGAUCAGCCCAACGAGCGAUCAGACUCAUGGCGGCAAUAUAUGCGAUCUGCCCGACCUAUGCGGAGCAUUGAUGAGGACGGCCUCGAGUAUGAAGUGCCCCCUCGCGAAGUGCGCAAUGCAGCCUUCGCUCGGAUGACAGCGCGGCGACAAUCCACAAUGUCGAGACUUGGCUCCAGGCUACUCCCCAAUUCGGUCAUCCGUGGCCUUCUCAACAGCCAAGAAGAGACCCCCGCCGAAGGCCAUGCACAUCGACAUGGACUCAUCAAUAGACCCGUCCCAAGGACCGAGGCCCCCCACACUACCGGUCGAUUUAGCCCAUUUGGGUCUAGAGGUAUCACCAGACGCCGAUCUACACAAUCAUCAUACUUCCCACCACGCGGAGAGAUUGCUGGAAUUCCAGAUGGGCAGACAAAUGCGCCAUACCGGGAUCCUGCAGAUCAGGUACCAGAGCCGACUCGAGCUACCUGGCGCCGCAGCGUUCGACUUAAUCGUAUGCGUCAUUCGAUCUCAUCACCCAUUUCGCACAUUUUUGGGCAACCGCACUCAGGAUUGCCAUCACAGGAAAGCGCGCCAACCUUCGACCCCUCCUUUGACGACAGAGAAAUGGACACCCGACUGGACUACAUCGAGCCGCCCCACGAACUUGACUCGGUAGAACCGGCGAUUCAGCCUGAGGAUUCCCUGGCCAGUCUAGGUGCUGGCCCCCCUAAUCCUAAUCUGAUGCGUCGUCUUCCCGGUCUCAUCAGAGCAAGGUCAUCCAGAGUUUUGCGACGAGAGGAGCAGACACCCCUUUCCCGGGUUCUUCAACUUGCCGCAGCUGCAAUCGCUGCUCAACUAUCUGGCACUCCCGGCCCCGCGCUGCCCAACAUCCAGGCACUAGGUAACGAUGGAAUCGACGGCUCCUUGGAGAAUUUCAUACAGAGCCUGCAGCAUGCGACUUCCGGCCAGGCUCAACCCACAGCAUCUGGAGAGGGAUCAAGCAAUGUCUCAAAUGAGGCACCUGCGCAGCCGGUCAAUUUCUUGCGCGUGUUCCGAUUCGCCAAUUCCGAAACGCCUGCAGGUCCGGACAUCCCAGGGCAGAACACAUCUGGAGCAAAUGACGGUGGCGCCACCAAUGAUAACAUGGACGUUGAUGAGCCGGGAGAAGGUGAGGGACGAACCGUCACACUGGUGGUGGUUGGUGUUCGAUCGGUUCCUUCUGCAAAUGGAGGGAUUGGUGAACAGCCUGCAGGACCUGCGCCUGGCCUAGAUGCCUUGCUUGGCCUUCCCUUCUUGCCGCCCAGCGUCAUCCCCCGGCCUCCAGGAGCUCCUGUCGACCCGGCUUCUGCAGGUGAUGGGCAAUCCAGAUUGCAGAGACCUCGCCAAUUUUACGAGAAUGGACCCGGUGCUCCCACUGCUCCCCCGAUGUUCGCGCGCCCCCCACCUCCCACGGCCGCUAGACGAAUGUCUGAGCCCCAUCCUCCCCUAUUUGAAAGCCCCCCGGGACCCCACCCACCACCGUCGACCCCAGCGGAACACGCAGUGUCUACUGGGUCUUCCGGCACCUCCACUCCAAGCCUUAGACCAUCUUCUGCUUCCGCAGUGCCUUCGGAGCUUCCCGGCCAUCUUCACGGCCAACCCAUGCAGCCGACGGUGGAAGCCACGCGAGAGCCUCCUGCAUUCAAUCCCGCCCACCAGCGACGCCGAAGCGAUUCAGAAUUCGCUCGCCAUCGGGCCCUGGGCUCUGGCUCCGUUCGACGCAAUGGCAUGGUUGAACCGGACCAACCUCCACCCACUGGGGGCCGUAGUUGGCUGAUCUAUGUCGUUGGGACUAACCUCUCCGCUAACCACCCUGCUUUGACAACCCCAUCUCUUUUCACAGAUAACCCGACAUAUGAGGACAUGAUUCUCCUGUCAUCACUCUUAGGCCCAGCCAAACCUCCCGUUGCCUCUCAGACUGAUAUCAAUUCCGCAGGCGGUCUGUUCCAUCUGGUAGAAUACGGCGGUUCCUUAGUUGCCGAAGCCCUGGAAGGCCUCAGGUCUCUUCAAUUGCAAGACGGCGAGCGCUGUCUAAUCUGCCUCAGUGACUACGAGGUGGCCGAAGAGGUGAGGGAGCUUAACAAGUGCAAGCAUGUAUUCCACAAGGAGUGCAUUGAUCAGUGGCUCACCACCGGACGAAACUCGUGCCCUCUGUGCCGAGGACAAGGUGUCCACGAGAACGCGCCUGACUCUGCUUCAGGUCCCACUGCCCCCGAUUCAGCUCCUACGGCGGUCUGA